AUGGCUGCCCUGCCAUCCUAUUACUGCACUGGACCCUCAAGUCUCUUGAUUCUGAACCGUCAUCUCCUGCUCCUACUGUUGCUGCUGCCACUGAACCUGGGUGAGGGCUACGCCUGGGUGAUUCCAGGGAUCUUAAACUUCGGUGCUCUCUUCCCACCUCCUCUCUCGCUCUACACUACCCUUCAGCUUCCUGGGGACCAGCAGGCCAGAGGACCUCUGCAUUUUCUCCUAGGCGGUCCUUGCCCCGUCAGUCUGGACAUAGUGCCUCUCCACAGCACCCUCAGGCCUCUCACGCGCUACCUCUUCACCGUGAUUGCGUGCUCACUUCUCUCUCCCCAACUGAACAACGUCAUUUUCACAGGUUACAAAGAGGACAAAAACAUGCCAGUUUGUGGCAAACCCUGGUGGUUGGACAACGUGGGAGUACACCGCCACUGGCCCUGGGAGGUGAGCCUGAGACUGAACAAUGAACACGUGUGUGGAGGAGCUCUCAUUGACCCCAGGUGGGUGGUGACUGCUGCCCACUGCAUCCAAAGUUCCAAAGAGUACUCAGUGAUGCUCGGUACAGCCAAGCUGCAGCCUGUGAACUCCAACAGGGUCCUCUUGAUCCCUGUGAAGGACAUCAUUUUGCACCCCAAGUACUGGGGUCGGACCUUCAUUAUGGGUGAUGUUGCCCUUCUCCAACUCCACACUCCUGCCACCCUAAGUGAGUAUGUGCAACCCAUCUGCCUCCCGGAGCCCAAGUUCCACCUGAAGGUCGGGACUCAGUGCUGGGUGACUGGCUGGGGCCAGAUAAAGCAGCGUUUCAUAGCCAACUCCACAUUGACCCCAGAGUUGCAGGAGGCCGAGGUCUUUAUCAUGGACAAUAAGAAGUGUGACAAGAUUUACCACAAGAAGUCCCUCUUUCCCCGUCUCAUCCCCCUUGUCAUGAAGGACAUGGUCUGUGCCACCAAUUAUGAGAAAAACUUGUGUUAUGGAGACUCUGGGGGACCACUGGCCUGUGAAGUCGGGAACAAAUGGAUUCUGGCUGGUGUGCUAUCCUGGGAAAAAGCCUGUGCCAAAGUUCAGAAUCCAGGCGUGUACAUCCGUGUCACCAAAUACAGCAGAUGGAUCAGAAAGCAGCUUGGUGGGGCCCUCUCAGGCCCCCGUGCCUCCUCCUGGCUCCCCCUCCUCUACUGGCUGCUACAGCAGGCCCACAUGAGUCCCUGA